AGUGCUGCCAGUAAAAAUAUGUUUCUCAUUAUUUCGUUUUUUAAGCGAGACUGUUAUUCCAAAAAUUUUACAGAUUAUUAAAAACAUAAUAUGUAAGCAUUAGCAAAUUAGUGUGACUAGAUAAAAAUAAUUUUUUAUUUUUGAUAAAUUAAUGGACACACUGAUUUUCCAAUGAACCGAAAGAGUUUUGAGUGCUCACUCUGAAGUAUACUUUCAGGUUAUUCCGUGGUUAUUCUACUCCACAAUAUUUGAUAGUUUGAUACUGUAAUAUUUUUCUGGCUUGUUUAUUAUUGCUAUUUGUUAUUAUGAUCAUGCUCAUUAUCUUAUAAUAUUAUUAUAAAUAAUUAUUUUGUAUUUAUAUUGUUGAUUGUUUUCGUUUAAUACUUUUCAUUACCAGUGUACAAACGUCAAACAACGACGAAAAUUAUACGAAAGAUACCGAUUACACAAUAGACGUAGUCAAUAUGUCCGAUUCCGAAAUCUCUGAAUACGAAAUUGAUAUAGACAAUUUAUCUGAAUCCCAAGACUUCAUACACCAAGAUAUUAUCCGCAACUUUUCAAUAAAUAACAGGACCAAUGGCAAUGAAUCUAAUGUACAAAUAAUAAAUGAUGCUUUUAUACAUGAAACAUAUUUUGUUUAUCCAGAAUCAACACCAUAUGACCGAAGCUUAACUGCAGCACAUCAGUACUUAGGAGAUGGACUUCUUGAAGCUACUGGACGCACAGUGUAUGAAGAAGGUGUUAUUCAUACAAUUCCACUUAUUUUUUUAAGAUUAAAUUUGUUACCUGGACAAAUUCUGCCAAUUGUAGCUCGUUCUUCAGAUAUUAAGCAUCUUUUAAAGUAUGUCAUGUUCCGUAAUCGUUCAUUUGGAGUUUGUUACAAAUUUAAUAAAAACAAGCGUACAUUUGGAACAAUUGCUGAAGUUUAUGAACAUUCUGAUAAUAUAGAAACUACUGAAUCAUUUCAAAUUAAAGCUAUGGGCCAUCAACGUUUUGAAAUUUUACAAAUUAAUCCAUUCCCACAAAGUCAUGAAAAAUCACUUGCUUUGGCUGAAAUCAAAAUUAUACCAGAUACUACAUUAUCUUAUCCGUAUAAUAAAUUGUGCUUACAUCCAAAGAAACGUCAUUUGAAUCUUGGUGAAAUAUGCCGUAAGAGAGACAUGCAGCAAACUCAAUGGCCAUAUUGGGUUUAUAAACAGUUUGAUGUUUAUGAAUUGGCAUCUCGCCUCACCAAAAAAGUUAAAAUGUUAUAUAAAGAUGUAAACAUCUCAGAUGAUCCAAAUUUGUUGUCAUUUCAAGUAGCAAGACUUGGUAUAUUCACUCCAGAGCAAGUAAGCGAAUUGCUUGGUAUCGAGUCAACAAACCAACGACUUCAAUAUGAACUAAAGUAUUGGAAUAAGACUCAAUCAUUGCAAAAAUUCAUGUGUGCUCGAUGUGGUAUUGUAGUUUGCAAUAUGAGCAGUGUAUUUCCAAUGUCCCCUGAAGGACCACAAGGUACUUUUUGUAACUCUUGGGGGAUAAUUCAUGACAUGAUUACAGUAACUGAACUGCACCAGGAUUUAAAUGCGUUAUCAAUUGGAAUUCCGUCUUCUGAAUGCAGCUGGUUCCCUGGGUAUGUUUGGACAAUCAUUUUAUGCCCAAACUGUCGUAACCAUUUGGGCUGGAGAUAUUUGGUUAAUGGUGAAUUGUCAUUAAAGCCAAAAUUAUUUUAUGGGUUAUGUUUAAAAGCCAUAACAUCUGCUAAAGACUACUUAGUACCUAGAAUUACUUUGGUAAGAUAUGAUCAAAUCAAUGGUGGAGAGACAGUGACGCUUUAAGAAAUGUUUUAAAUUAUUUCAUUUUUUACUAUGUAUUAUAUUAUUUUUAUGUAAGUAUAAAGUAUGUAAUAAUGCCUUAAAUAUAUAUAUAUGUGUAUAUAUUUUCUGCUAUACAUACUCUUCAAUAUUUCACUUAUUUAUUGAAUCUUAAAUUAUUUUAAAUUAUUAUUUAAAUUGUAAGACAGCUAAACAGAACAUAAUA